AUGGAUCAACAUGAUAAGCUUCUCAAGGAAGCAAAGAAUCUCAUCCAACAAAUUAAUAGACAAUUGGAUGAUUUGGAAAAUCAGUACUCAAAUUCUGUUUCUCAUCAAAUACAUAACAGUAAUACACGAACAUACAAGAGGAGAGUAUCGAAUGGUGAAAAGCUUUCCUAUGAGGAGAGUUUGGAAGGAGGUUAUUCAUACAAUUCGGACGCCUCUCGUGAUCGUCACUCAAUCAAUCUAACAAAGGAAUCUCUUUUUGAGAAUGUUAAAACACUCUCCAGCUAUGAAAAAACUUUAAAGAAUUACUUUUCGGACAUGCCAAGAGGAAAGCAAAAAGACAAGUGGCAAAUUCAAAUAACAACACUUUCUCAUGAUGUACAAAAUAUUACAAACACAAUGAACAAGCUUAAUAGAAAACAUACAAAUUUUGAAAAUGAAAGAAAACUACUUGAAUUGGAUGGUGAAGAUGAACGAAGAUCAUUCAAUAAUAAUGAUAAUGAAUUGGAAAGUGCUCUCACAGAAUAUGGAGUUCAAGGAAAAUCAAUGGACAAUUCAAUUAGAUUAAUCGAGCAAAUGAAACAAGUGGGAAUUGACUCUUUAGGAAUGUUAUCGGACCAAAGGUCAACUUUGAAAAUAAUUCAUGAAAAACUCAUUGGGAUGGGAUCAACAUUAGGAAUUUCUCAAUCUACAAUGAGAUCUAUUGAAAGAAGAUAUGUAAGAGACAAGUACAUUAUCAUGGCUGGAAUGAUUUUUAUAACUUUACUCUUGAUAUUUGUCUAUUACUAUUUUAAAAAGUAG